CCGCUUCCGUGGCGGUCAUGCUGCGCUGCUGCCGGGCGGCCGCGGCCAUCGCUGCCGGCCGCUCCCGGAGCUCCCUGCGCUGCCGCCGCGGCCUCGCCAUGGCCAAGAGCAAGUUCGAGUACGUGCGGGACUUCGAGGCGGACGACACGGUCCUGCCCAACUGCUGGAUCGUGGUGCGGCUGGAUGGCCGCAACUUCCACAGGUUUUCUGAACAGCAUGAAUUCAAAAAGCCAAAUGAUGACCGUGCUCUGCAGCUGAUGACCAAGUGUGCCCAGACAGUGAUGCAAGAACUGGAGGAUAUUGCUAUUGCUUAUGGACAGAGUGAUGAAUAUAGUUUUGUUUUCAAAAAGAAGAGCAGGUGGUUUAAAAGAAGAGCAAGUAAGUUCAUGACUCAUGUGGUCUCCCAGUUUUCCUCAAGUUACGUCUUCUAUUGGAAGGAUUACUUUAAGGACCAGCAGCUUCUGUACCCACCAGGAUUUGAUGGACGAAUUGUGUUGUAUCCCAGCAACCAGAAUUUGAAGGACUACCUCAGCUGGAGGCAAGCAGAUUGCCAUAUUAAUAACCUUUAUAAUACAGUGUUCUGGAUGCUUGUACAGCGAAGUGGUUUGACUCCGGUGCAAGCACAGGAGAGGCUCCAGGGAACUUUGGCUGGAGAUAAGAAUGAAAUCUUAUUUUCUGAAUUCAACAUCAACUACAACAAUGAACCUUUGAUAUAUAGAAAAGGAACUGUUCUAAUAUGGCAGAAGAUUAAUGAAGUCAUCACUAAGAAAAUAAAACUGCCAAAGGAAGAGGAAGAAAAAGAAGUGGAAGUGACCCGGACUAGGACUAAAGUUGUUCCCUUGCACUGUGACAUCAUUGGGGACCAGUUCUGGGAGGAAUAUCCCGAGAUUCUGGCUGAGGAUAGUUGAUAUCUCUGAUGAGCAUAACUGGUAGUUUACAUUUUGCUCUGCUUGGGUUGUUGGCAAGUGAGGAAUACGAGUGGUGGCAGAGUUUGACAUGUAACCCUCCUCAGCAACUACAUUGGGUUUAGCACUGUUGCUGCCUGAAAAGAUGACACUGGUGCUGUCUGACAUAUGAGGAUAUGCCCAUAUGGAAAGCUAAAAUCAUACUAUAUUUUGAAUAUUAAGAACUCAUCAUGAAUUAAGACUGUUCCUGUCUUGUACAUGUGUAUUUCUAAAAAAAAAAAAGUAUGUAGAAAUGUCCUGUAUUUCUAUAGGAUUAAAACAAUAAGGUAUUUUAUUGAGCUGCUGAACUAUAAAAAAGCCUGCAUAUUUGAACAGAAAAUCAUUAUUUUGAUUUUUGUUUUUACCUGAGAUGGACCAGAAUACUUCAAUUGGGAUUUAGUAUUAAAUUUCAAGGCUGGUGUGUUUAGUCAGAUGAGAGACAAACUAUUCAACUGUCUGAUGUCUGAUUUUUACUGAAAUGCAGUGGAGUAGCCCAGCAGUUUUCUGUGGUUAAUUUUAAAGUAUUUGUCAAAUGUACAGGAUUUUUAUACUUUUAAAAAAUAUAAAUAAUAGUACCUUCCCUGUUGUGCUGUAUUAUGUGGCCUUUCUCAUUCUUGGGACUUGUAAGUGGUGACAGUUCCAAGCAGCAAAGUUAAUAAUAAAAAUACUGUGCAGGCUGGAAUUCUGUUAGGACAUGGAAAGACAUCUUUCCUCAUAUUCCCUGGACUGGGAAUUCACCUGUCUCCUAUUGUGCAUAGAACAGCAUAUUUAAAAAAAAAAUACAGCACAACAUAGAACAUUCCAGGUGCCUGCAAAGAGGGAGCCAACAAUUUGUGCUGCUGUUUUUUGAUCUCCCUGGGAAUGACACAGAGAGAGCAAUGCUGCCAAUCCACGUUUGUUAGAAGGAAGGGUGGAGUGUGUGUUCCCUGCACAGUUCUGUUCUGGUUUAACUAUCACUUAAGACCCUUUGUCAAAAUCGACCUCUCAGAGCAGAAAUAUUUCUUCUCAUGGAUAGGGGCUUGUCCCAGUGUAAUUGGAAUUUGAAGGAAAUAACCUAUUUCAGUGUAGAAAUACAGCUAUAAUUAUAGGUGUUUAUAUGGCUGUUACUGCUUCUAACCAAGCUGGUCAGAAACAUCUCAGAACAGUGACUUGAACUUGGCCAGUUGUUGUUAAUGAAGAGAUGAUCUCUGCCCUGUGUAUUCUUUUAUGCAUUAAACUUCAAAUUCCAUUGCAA